AUGCCAUGCAGGAGAACUGUGCACACCACCAGCAGUGAUAAACCAUGCCCUCGUCGAUUUGGACACUCUCGUUCGCUCGUUCAUGGAAAUGGACAAUUUAUCCACCACACCAAAUGUCGUUCCAGUGGACGUAGCAGAGGCUCAUUUCUCCGCCACUCACACUGUGAUGGUACAUAUAUCGUGGAAUAUCCGUUCAAAGAGAAUUCCCCGCCAAUUCAUCAAACAUUACAACAAGCAUGCAUGCGACUCAAAUUUAUGGAGAAAAAGUUUCGUUUAUCUCCUGAAUUAAAAGAACAAUAUACAGAGUUCAUGGGUGAGUAUUUAACGUUAGGUCAUAUGGAGAAGCUAUCGGCACAACAACGCCAACAAAACACUGGUUCUUGUUUUUAUCUACCGCACCAUGCCGUAUUCAAGCCGGACAGUAUAACAACAAAAUGUAGAGUUGUUUUCGAUGGUUCUAGCAAAGAUUCGUCGUGUGUUUCUCUAAAUCACCGUUUGCACGUCGGUCCACCCAUUCAACGCGACCUUUUCGCAGUCUCUCUGCGUUUUCGACAGCAUCGCUUUGUAUUUUGUGUGGAUAUAGAAAAAAUGUUUCGUGGCAUUCGCGUGUCAAAAGAGCAUACAGACUUCCAAAAAAUUGUUUGGCGAACUGAUGAAAAUGCUCCAAUUGAACAUUAUCGGUUAUUGACAGUAACGCAUGGUCUCACUUCGUCGCCCUUUCUAGCAGUUCGUGUAUUAAAGCAAUUAGCUGAUGACUACAAAAAUGAAUUUCCCAUUACUUCGCAUGUACUUAUAAACGAUGUAUAUGUCGAUGAUAUUUUGACCGCUUACAAUUCGACAGAAGAUUUAAUUAAAACUAAAGACGAACUAGUUUCAUUGCUGACCAAGGCCAAGUUUUGUUUACGAAAGUGGAGCUCAAACUGUUGGCCACUGCUCAGUACUCUUCCAAUAGAGUUGCGUGAAUAUAAUCCCGUUGAUUUAAACUGCAAAUCGAUUGAUACAUUUGUUAAAGUACUCGGAGUACAGUGGAAUCCUUGCACUGAUGAAUUGUCAUUGAAAAUUAAGUCAAUGAAGUGUGUUAAGGAACCUACCAAACGAUCAGUGCUAUCGGAAAUGUCAAAGAUCUACGAUCCUUUGGGCAUUGUAUGGCCAAGAUUUUAA